AUCUCCCAGCAGCGCCCCGCGGCGCGCAGGCGCAGAGCGGGGCGUGAGGCGCGGGGAUGCAGCCGACGCGCGGAGCCAUGGCCCACUUCCGCCUGGCACUUAUUCAGCUUCAUGUAUCUGCUGUUAAAUCAGAUAACCUUCAACGAGCCUGUGGACUGGUAAGAGAAGCAUCGGCUAAAGGAGCAAAAGUCGUGGCUCUACCUGAAUGUUUUAAUUCUCCAUACGGAACCCAAUACUUUAAAGAAUAUGCAGAGAAGAUCCCUGGAGAAUCAACACAAAAGCUCUCAGAAGUUGCCAAGGAGUGCAGCAUAUAUCUUGUUGGAGGAUCCAUUCCAGAAGAGGAUGGUGGAAAGCUGUAUAAUACAUGUACUGUCUUUGGGCCUGAUGGUGCUAUGUUGGCAAAGCAUAGGAAGAUUCAUUUGUUUGAUAUUGAUAUUCCUGGGAAGAUACAGUUCAAAGAGUCUGAAACACUGAGUCCAGGGAAUAGUUUCUCCAUGUUUGAUACUCCGUACUGUAAAGUGGGCCUGGGCAUCUGCUAUGACAUCAGAUUUGCUGAGCUGGCUCAAAUCUAUGGACAGAAGGGUUGCCAGCUGCUGAUAUAUCCAGGGGCUUUUAAUCUGACAACAGGACCGGCUCAUUGGGAAUUGCUACAAAGGGGACGAGCUGUUGAUAAUCAAGUCUACGUAGCUACUGUAUCUCCUGCUAGAGAUGAAAAAGCUUCCUAUGUUGCCUGGGGACACAGCACCGUAGUAAAUCCAUGGGGUGAAGUCAUAGCCAAAGCUGGGGCUGAGGAAACAGUUGUAUACACAGAUAUAGAUCUGAAGAAACUUGCAGAAAUCCGUCAGCAAAUUCCUAUUUUAAGCCAGAAGCGCUGUGAUCUCUAUGGCAUAGAGAUGAAAAAGUGACACCAGGUGAACAGGAAAAGUUCAAGUGGCACAAUGACUGCUGCUUUCAUCGUCAAGAUUCCCUUACUGGUUGCUUGAUAGGCUACUGCUAAAUGUAAUAGUUAAUUAAAAACAAAACAACUUGUUGGUGUAAUUCUAAAAUUGAUUCAAAUACAACUUCUGUAUCUCCUCAUACUUCAUUUUACAGUAUUUAACAGCUAGGGCGAAGCUGGAGGUGAAAUCACCUUAACUCGCUAGCAGUUAACAAUGAUCUUUAUUCAUCAUAAUGGUUUAGUUACUUUCUUAUUUCGCUUUUAACUUUCUGGGGCUUAUAUAUAGGAUGUAGAGGUGGGAACCAGGUUCCCUCUAGAAAUCAUCUCAAGUCAGUUUUGGUAUUACGCACUUUUCACUGAUUACCAGAUAAUCUAGAAGUAUGACUCUUCUGUGUCUGUCUGUCUUAAUGGUAUGUGCCUAAACAACUUGGUUUCUUAGCUGCCCAACUUCAAACCAGGCAAGCUUAAAAUUUAACAUAUUAAGCAAAACAGGCCAAAUUCUGCUCUCUAUGACUUAAGGACAAUGCAAGAAGCAGCCAAACAGAACUAGUACUAUACGAGGAACUGUAACAUGUUUUGGUGCACGCAUUCUGUCUGGAAGAUAUAUAUUAAAUUCUUAUUAAAAUUCCUGUUUAUUGCUGAAGUGAUGUGGAUUACUGUUUUAUUAAAGCAUUUCAUGUGUCACCA